AUGGGCAGUGACUCUGAGUGCGAAGACUGGGAGGAUACAUCAUCCGAGUCGGAAGUGUUGGAGGACGAAUCACCUCAGACUAGGAAAGACGUGUCUAGGGAAAGACAAGGAGCCAAGCAAGCUGAUGUGUCCAAACAAGUUAAUGCAUUUAGGCAGGCCGGUGCUUCCAAGCAAGCUGCUGUGGUAGGUAAGCAGUCUGCCUUACCGAAGCAAGCGGCAGCAAAGCAGAAGGGUGGGAAGAAGUCCGCCCCGAUUGACUAUUCGGACCAGAAGUUUCGUUCUCCCAUCCUUUGUAUCAUGGGGCACGUAGACACGGGAAAAACCAAAUUGCUGGACAAGAUUCGGCGCACCAACGUGGGGGAGAAGGAGGCAGGUGGUAUUACGCAGCAGAUUGGCGCUACCUUCUUUCCUCGCGAGUCCUUGCUGACGCAAUGCCACAAAAUUGACCGUAAGUUGAACUUGCAGGUGCCGGGGUUGUUAAUCAUUGAUACCCCGGGUCACGCAUCCUUCAGUAACCUGCGUAAGCGAGGUUCCAGUCUGUGCGAUUUGGCGAUAUUGGUCGUCGACAUUAUGCACGGCUUGGAGCCGCAAACGCGUGAGAGUAUUCAAAUGUUGAAGCAGCGACGGUGCCCCUUUGUGGUUGCAUUGAACAAGGUGGAUCGUAUUUACGGCUGGAUGUCGGAUGAGUGGGCACCUUUCAUGAAGACUAUAAAGGCUCAGAAAAAGAGCGUGACCGAGUUAUUUAGGGACCGCGCACGCGCGUGUGUGCUGGAACUGAUAGAGACGGAGGGUCUGAAUUUUGCGUUGUACACGGAGAAUCAGGACCCAAAAAAGACAAUACAGGUGGUGCCCACGUCAGCAGUGACAGGGGAAGGUAUUCCCGACUUGUUGUGUACGGUGGUUAAGCUCACUCAGACGCUGAUGGCUCAGAAAAUCACUUUGGAUGAAGAGAACGUUGAGUGCUCCGUGCUCGAAGUGAAAACAGUGGAGGGCUUGGGUACCACCAUUGACGUAAUCCUCGUGGGUGGGGCGCUGAGCGAGGGAGACACCAUCGUCGUAUGUGGGAUGAAUGAAGCUAUAGUAACCCAAAUCCGUACUCUUCUGACGCCCCAUCCGAUGAAGGAGCUGCGAGUGAAAGGCGAAUAUCUGAGACACAAGCGGAUCUGCGCGGCAAUGGGCCUGAAAAUCGCGGCGCCCAACCUGGAAGGGGCUGUGGCGGGCACGAUGAUUAAGGUGGUGAGGAACCCAAAGGAUGAGGAUCUGAUUGAGGAGCUCAAGGAUGAAGUGCAACAAGAUAUGAGCGGCAUCUUCAAGGCUAUCGACAAAACGAGUGACGGUGUACAUGUCGUGGCCAGCACGCUCGGAUCGCUCGAGGCUUUGCUGGAUUUCCUCAAAGAAAGCAACAUCCCCGUCAACGGCAUCAGCAUCGGCACUGUACACAAAAUCGCCGUCUUGCAAGCUAACACGAUGAAUGAGCGAGGUUGCAAUGAAUACGCUGCCAUCCUCGCAUUCGACGUGAAAGUCGAUUCCGAAGCAGAAAAGGCCGCCAAGGAACAUGACGUCAAGAUCUUCUGUGCGGACAUCAUUUACCAUCUUUUCGACAUGUUCACGAAACACAUUCAGGACUACCGCGAGGAGCAGAAAAGAAGCAAGUCCAAGGAAGCCAUUUUCCCCUGUAUGCUACGCAUCCUCCCCAAUUGCAUCUAUAACAAGAAGGCUCCCCUCGUAUUUGGCGUCAAAGUAGAGGACGGUCUCCUCCGUGUCGGCACGCCUCUCAUCGUGCCAGACCGAGAAUGCAAAAUCGGUUCCGUCGAGUCGAUUGAACUCGAACAAAAACCUGUAGACAGUGCCCGGAAAGGGCAGGAGGUCUGUAUCAAGGUUACUGGCGAUCAGAACGUCACCUUUGGCAGACACUUCGACGAGAAAAGUAGGAUUGUCUCAAACAUCUCGCGAGCAUCAAUCAAUGUUAUGAAAACACACUUCAGAGAUGAGCUAACUGAA